GGGUGUGAUCGAGAGUCGGUUCGUGUAUAUUCCGCAUUGCUUUGUGCACAGCCGAGUCACAACACACAGUCGUUGCCGAUGUGUCUGAGUGUGUAUGGACACGUAAACGCGCAUCAAAACCGAGCCAACCGUACUGAUCGUUCACAACAAGGAACAGCAACCGUGUCACAUUUGAAAUUUAUCAACUUUGUGAGAAACAACAAACUGUUUAGUUACGGAGCGAUUUUCAAACAAUAAACAUCUCGUUGCAUUUGCUGUGAGCAUCGACAGAGUGAGAGCAACAACCCAAAACAGUUCAGCGUUCAUAUUUUCGCAAUUGGAAAUGUUAUUAUUUUGAGAAACCAAAUCUUCAACCCGUGUCGAAUAAAUCCGUUGAGUGAAUAGAGACGCCGAAAAUCAAAAUCAAAAUAACGACAAAUAACAAUAAAAUUUCAAGUUAGUUGUGUGUAUUUAGAGGCAAAUUUUUUAAUCGAAUCGCUGUUUUUUCUCAACCGGAAUUGACCGUGUUAUUAUUUGAGCGCGAGAUUAUCAUCUCAUUUGUAAACAAAUUAACUUCGUACGCAUAAAAUAUUUGUGUAAAAAAGAGCCUGGUUAUCAAUUGAAUCGUUCGACAAAAAGGCGAAUGAAUUUCUAGUAAAUAGUACGCAAGUUAGAUUGAACGAACAGAAAAUAGAGAUAGUUCGUAGCAUCGUAAGAGAGCGAGAGAGGAGUCACAUAGCGUCGAUAGAAGCGGGAAAAAAAUCUCAAAGCGUUCAAUACAAAUCGUUUGAACAGAGAAAAAAAACAGCGAAAAAACGUAUUUUGAAUCCGUGUGUGAAAGAGCGAACAGGCAUAGUCGAAUAACGGCUCUUGUUGAUUGAAACGAAUAAAUUUGUGACGACAGCACAUAAGCGAUGUGAUCGGCCAGAAUAAAUAUAUUAUCGCGUACACAAUUUAUUUUCGAUUAAUUUGCAAAGGACACGAAUAGAAAAAGAGAAAAAAAACACUCACAUAUUGAGCAGAGAUAUAGCCAAAAAUAUAUUUAAAAAAAAAACACACAGCUAUCAGAGUGUCACACGUAUAAAACGCUAUCAUCUUCGUUUGGGCAACGGAAAAAACAGCAAAUCAAAAGUGGCAUUCACAAAUCACAAGCAGAGAGACAUAAUCAACACUUGAACCGCAUCAAUAUAUGUUUACACUAUUUUAAUCGAAUAUGCACGUUUUUUCCGCACUCUCAGCACAAUAACUUAGUAAAAAUACGCUCCAAUCACUGAAUCUCGUUCAAGACACACACAAAAACUUUAUCAUAAAGCAGCAACUCUUUACAAACAACCAAAACGAAAUCGCGUCUCAAUUCGUUGAAAUACGAAAAAAAACGAAGAAAUUUCGGUGACAGUGAUUUGUGUUUGAUGGUUAUUAAAAUUUUAGUCAAAAAUUCGACUGAAUUAUUGAGUUGAGGUGAAACAAGUUACAGUCGCAGAUAAACAGCAAUUAAUCAAGCGAUUUCAGUGGAAAAAAAAGAAGAACAAAACGCGAGACAUUAUUAUAACCACACGAAAUAAAAACAAAAGUCGGUGUGAUCGUGCUUUAUCCUGUUAAGAACACACACAUACGCAGAGGCAAACAAUCAUCAUCACACCCAUCUUGUGUGUCAUCAAAGUGCGGUGUGCAUUUGAGUCAAUUAAGAAAUUGACCACCAUCUAAUCCUACAAGAGUAGUGUUUGUAGCCGACAAAUUCAUGAAAAUGUUAACGAACUUGGAACUUGGCGAUGGUUUGCAGCCAAUCAGCAUUUACGCCGAUACAAAGCAAUUGCACUCGACCAUGAGCCGAUUCAAGCCAGAACCAUAUCUCGAUCGUGCAUGCGAAAUUUUCAAGUCACCAUAUUCCGCGUACAUGACCGAAAAUCGGUACACAGAUCUGAACAUCACGGCCGUUUCCACAUCGACGGCGCACAUUGAUUCAUUGAAUCUCAUGCCAACCAGUGAAAAUCACAGUUCGACACCUGCACAUUGCCAGAGCAGCGCUGAAAAUACAGGCCAACACAAUAACAACAACAACAAUCAGAUGAAUAACAAUCAUCUGAGUCAUGGCAUCAAAACAGAAAACCAAUCGCCACCAAGCAGCAAUUUGACGGUCGAUGAACAGGACUCAUCCAGCUUGGUCAACUCAUCAAAAAGAAGCAACACCAAUGAAAAGCCACCAUACAGCUACGUUGCGCUGAUUGCAAUGGCGAUUGAGAAUUCACCACAGCGACGGGCUACAUUGAGUGAGAUCUACGCGUACAUUACGACAAAUUUCCCAUAUUUCGAGAAGAACAAAAAAGGUUGGCAAAAUUCGAUCCGUCACAAUCUCAGCUUAAACGAAUGCUUCAUAAAAGUCGCUCGCGACGGUGGCGGUGAAAGAAAGGGCAAUUAUUGGACACUCAGCAGUCACGCUCACUACGAGGAGAUGUUCGAGAACGGUAACUUCCGUCGUCGUCGACGAAUGAAACGCACGUACAAUCGCACCUCAGCCGCUCAUAUUUCACGACUCUAUGAAUCACCGUACAAUCCAAAUUAUUCAACGACCGCUCGCAUGUACGCAAAUCCAUCGUAUCGCUACAGCUAUCCAGAUCCAGCUUUGACAUCGCAAUGGUUGAGUCCACAAUCGAUGAAUGCUUACCAGUCAUGCCCGUCGCGAAACAGCUUCGGUUAUGGAUCACAGAUUCCAUCAGCAGUGCAAUCGAUCAACAGUUUCCCAUCACUGUCAAACAAUAUCGUUUCAGGUAGCACAUCACCGACAACGCGCCGUCUUGAAUAUCCAUAUUCAUAUGAUUCAGCGAUUGGUCUCCCGAUGGUGAAAGAAGAGCAUGGUCAACUGAAUGUUACGUCAACGCAGUCAUCGGUGUCCAGCCCGUAUUCGAUUCAGCAGCGUUACAUGUCACCAGUGCCGCAUUCCUCUCAGCCAUAGAGACCCUUCCGGCGCUUGCACCAUUUCCGAUAUUCAGUUAAAUGAACAAUCUUUUGAUAUUUCUAAUUCAAGCGAAAAAACAAACGGAUCUCUCGCAAAAGCAAAUGUGCAGGAGCAUUUGAAUUUUGGAGAAAUAGCAUUAUAUCACUUACAGCAUAGUAGUAUAAGGCAACACAGCACGAACAAUUAACUUAUCUGAUCAAUGAAGAAAACUAAGUUUAAGGCCAAUUCUCGUGAUUAUUCAAAUCCGACUCUCAUUUUAUUUAUUUCUUUCUGUUCUUAUUCUUUUUUGUUCUCUCUGUAUCGUUUGUCAUUUAACGGCGUAUUUAAUAGUGUUAAGCAAAGAAAAAAAACGUAAAUUUAAUUUACUGUUAAAUUGAAUCUUUUCAUCGAUUUUAUAGAAUUAUGGAAGCCAUUUAGUACUUUUGUCUCUACAAAAAAAGAAUUUUGUCAAGAGUAGACUAAUCACAAAUCAAAUUUGAUGAGAAGAAAAACAAUGCAUAUUAAUUGAAACCAAAAUGUUUUGGUGUUUAAGUAUACAAGUUGAUGAACUGCCGUCGGUAUUCAUCAAAGACGAUAUCGAUAAAUUAGACACUAGAUUACUGCUAGCGAAUUUUUUCCAUUAGAAAAAAAAACAAACAAACGAUCAUAUUUCAAACAAAUAACCAUGUAUUAGGAUAAUUUUAAACUUUAUUCGAACCUAAGAGGCAUGUGCAAGGAUUAUACAAGAACUACUCUGAUUACAAAUCAAAUGAAAAACCAAAUAAAUAUGUUUAAAUAUCCACUUUGGUGUGAACCAAAGACGUAAA